GAGGGAAUGGGAAAGGGAGGUUUCUGAAUGUAAUGGAAGGACACGCCUUUUGGAGUUAGUGCCAGGCCGGCAAGGGUGCGGCGUGAAAUGCAUAAAGUUGGAAGAGGGUGGUGAGAAGACAAUGGAUGUGCACAACAGAGGACGAGAGUUGCGGAGUUUAAACGCAAGUAUUAAUAUAAGACCAUAAUACUGAUUAUGCCAUUUUGUGAAAUAGUAUUAAUUUCUGUUAUCCGUUUAAGUUGACAGUCACAAUGUAUGUUAGACGUUUCUUAAGCUCACAUCGCACGUACAUUGAAAAAAGGGCAGCUGCUUUUUAGCUUGCAGGACGGUUGGAAACAGCCAAAGUAUUCAGAGAAGUGUGCUGGAAGAGCGACACACAGUUUCAUAUUAUACAUUUGUAUUGUUUUUAAUACGUAUUUUGUGCUUUAUUGCUUUAAAGCUAAUCUUAAAGGAAAUUAUAUAUUUUCGUCCGUUAUUCACAGAAUACACUGUAUCGUGAAGCCUGUUUAGAAAUAAGUAUUGACGUGUGAAUUAAAUGCAUCGUUUCAUGCCGUCUUAGAAAAUGGUGCAUUUUCUGAAUCCACUUAUUUCACCAUAAUGCAAACUUAACACACGCUGGAGCGACUACAUUCAUUUUCCCAAGACCUCUGCUGGAUUGUAGUUUGUAUACUGUCUACUGUAAUGAUUUGAAAAUCAUUUGUUGUGUUGAAAUUUGUUAACCUCUAUUAGCAAACCUGCCAGUGUUUAACAAAAAAAUGUAUGAAGUCGCUCAGCAUUUCCUGAUAGUUUUUUUUUUUUUUCUUCUUUUUUGCAUUGACUUUGAAUGGCCUGCCCUUAAAUAAAUGUUGAAAAAGAGAAGUGCUACACUUUACUUUUAAGUGAUAAAUACUUUCAUUUUCAGUUUAUGAAAGCUUGGCAAGAACUGGCAAAUUGCUAUAACUUUUUACACGUAUCGGAUUAACAGUUCAAGGCGUAUACGGCAGUAACACUGGCUACGGGGCAUCCUCUUUGCAGAACGAUUCUCUUCUCUGACUCCAUUAUAACCAAGAUUGUUAGCGCCCUCCUGAAUCAAAAUCCAAUCCUCAGACACAUAAGCGACAUAACUAGGAAGAGAGGUAUCUUUAGAAGAGAACAGCUGCUCGAAGAUGUCUGAGGAAAAUAGUAACCUCUUGGACUUUUACUAUUCUGAGGAACGUUGGAAUGAAAUGAGUUCUGAUGAAGAAGCUGAAAAUGAAGAACUUAAUAGGUUACGUGAAGUUGCACACAAGGGCAUAACGCUUGUCAAGAAACUCAUCAAUGAUCGCAUUGAGGAUCUGCAAAAGAACAUCUGUGAACUUCAUAGUAUUGCAGAUGGGGUUGACAGUUUUCACAAGAAAGCCACCAUUGCCAAUAUUACUGGAGGAUCCGUGAGUGCCGUUGGAGGGAUUGUCACCAUUGUUGGACUGAUCCUGACUCCCUUCACCUUGGGAGCUUCCCUUGUGGUCACAGGAGUGGGACUGGGAGUGGCAGCAGCAGGGGGAGUGACCAGCGCUUCAGCUACCAUUUCAGAUACUGUGAACAACUCUUUGGAUCGAAAAAAAGUGGAAGACAUUAUAGAGAGACACCAGAAGGGCACUGAGGGUUUAGUAGAAUGCCUAAAAACUGCCAACACAUGCAUACAGAAAAUGGAAGAGUUUCUGACAAAGGAAACUGUGCUAAAAACAAGGAAUAAAGUUCAGUUAGGAACAAGAGCUACAAAAGUGAUUGCCAGUGCUGGUGAGAUUGGCAGGCUAGCCACAUUAGCAAAAGUGUCAGGUGGAGUGGCAAGGGCCGUCAAGGUGGCCGGAGUGGCGACUGGAAUCCUCUCAGGCCUGUUCCUAGGACUAGAUGUCUUCUUUAUUGCAAAAGACUCCAUUGACCUUCAUAAAGGAGCCAAAACUGAAUUUGCAGCUAAAAUUCGUGAGGUGGCAGAUGAAUUACAGUGUGGAUUACAUGAAUUAAAUGAAAUCAUCACAGAUUUACAAAGAUUCAGCAGCACCAAUGCAUGAAAUGAUUAUUAUACAUAAGUUACUAAAGCCAACCUUUCCACACAGAUUCAGGCCUAUAGUGCUUAAGUUUUACUGUAAAAGAAAUUUAUGAAGAUGUAUCUAAUUUUCUCUAAUGGUUACUGUAACCAACUAGAGAAGCAUCUGCUUCACAGACCGUUUCCUGAUAAACAUCUAAUAAUUUGUUCUGUUUCAUUUAUAAUUAAUUUACUUUAUGCACUGUAUUGCAAAUGUUUUGGCUAAAAUUUGAAAAUGUACUCAAGUUCAGUUUUGUUAGAACAUUUUAAAAUAAAAUCAGUAGAAUAACUAUUAGGCAGUGUGAGGAGAGCAGUUCUACCAGAGCCCAUGAGGCUGAAUGGUUGUUGUUCUGCAAAGCUUUAUUAUUAACAUGCUUGCUUAUUUCACAUUGGAGUGAAAAACAUAGUAGCAUUGCCUUUUCUGAAACUCUGGAAAUCUUAAUAUUGACUGCUGACCUUUUAUGUAACUUGUAUUCUUGAUGAAUCUCAUUAAUGGUGAUUCUUUUUUGAAUGUAUUUGAUUUAAUUUCACAUGAGGGGACUAUAUUUAUUUUCACUAACUGGCAUCAAAUUCUAGUUAUGACAGUAAACAAAAUAGAUAUUUCUCUCUAUUAUAAAAGAAAAUCCUGGGACGAGACUUUCUCUGAGAUAAUUUCAACUCCGGCGGGAGAUAA